ACAUGGAAUCUGCGUGUGCGGGGGGCGGAGGGAGUCUUUUCCGAUAGCUUUACACAAGCUAGCUUGUUGAUAAGGACAUACUUAAGGACCAAAUCUAAACUUUUUUUUUUUUUAUCUCCCAGUAAUAGAAGCCAAGAGUUUGGGAAAGAGCUAGACGCUGUUCGCGGAGGAUGUCUUCAACAUUACUUUACAACCAGGACAGUGCCAUACGCUUCAAGAAAAGAAAAGCCCGUUUCACAUUCAGCGAAGUCCACAUACUUUUGGAUGAAGUGCGGAAACAUCGCUCUGUGGUUGUGGGCAAAUUCAACCGUGGGGUUCCAACAGACAUGAAGAAGCGCACUUGGGCAGAAAUCACGGCCCGCGUCAAUGAAAUUGGCGAAUGCCAGCGAGAGGUCAUCGAGGUCAUCAAGAAAUGGUCCGACCUAAAGUGUGACACGAAGCGGAAGGUGGCCGCCAUGCGGUCGGGGAAAGUGCCAAACCGGGGCCUCAACUCUCGCCUCUCCAAAGACCUGAAUCAAACUGAGAAAAUAGUACACCAGAUCCUGGAGAUGGAUCAGGAAGAUGAGAUCAGCAGUGACUUUGGUCCCUUGGGCGAUGAUGACGACGUGCCAGAGGAAGAAGAAAUGGAAGACGAGGACAUGGUUGGAAUGCAGAGUUCUCCCAACGGGGAAACGUCACAACCUGCGUUUGAUCUGCAGUUUGAAUUACCCACUACAGACGAGUGGGAAGAUGACCCGAAAGAUGACGCGCUGCCUUCAAUUCCCGCAUCUAAGCCGACAGGGGAUCACAAAGGAAACAACGGCCUCCAGAGACCAGGACAAUCUCAUAUUCCCUCAGGCGGGUCAACAGCCACAUCCUCGCACUCGACGACGCAGUCCACCAUCAACGCGCGAGAGAGCAUGCUACAGAACGCCUCGCUCAGCCUCCAGGAGCAGCACGCCACUAACAUCUUGAUGGAGACAGUUUCCCGCUCUCUGGAGCUGCUGUCCGAGUCGGUGCAGCAACUGGCGGAGACUCAGCAGGAAUUUGUGCGCGAGUCCCUGCGGCUCCAACGGGAGACUGUCCAGGUUCUUCGAGACUUCACUGGUGGCGCCAUCACUCUCAUGCAUGACAAGCUAAACGGGCGGCCUGCAGUAUAGCAUGAAGGUGCCAGCCGGGCGUGUUGGAGUUGAAAACCUGACUUUAAACGUGGCCUUCAGCCACUGAAACCUUCUAAUUCCUUUUGGAUUUUACACUGGUUACUGUUCUUUUCGACAGUACUCUUCCGUGGUUCUGCUUUAAAACAAAAAAUUAUGAUAUAGAAAUAAAUAUAGCUGGGUUUUUUUGCUACUGAGAGUGAAACCUCCUGUCAGUGCAUCAUUGUAAAGCAUGCACCACUUAUUUUUUAAAUAUCAUUUUUUAUAUAUGUAUAACUUUUCCAUAGUUUUAUUGCUGACAUUCAAGAAUGGGUCAUUGAAUUUGCAGUUUGUGUCCAUAAUUGUUCCCUUGCGUCUGUGUCAAUUUAGAGCAGGGGUGUCCAUAGUGUGUUUUUUAUUGGCAUAUUUAAGAAAAUAAAUUUUUAUUGAAAUGUAUUACACUACUAUGCUUUUUGACCUUUAACACAAAGCUGUUUUGUUGGGCAAACCUAGCAUAUAUUGACCUACAGUUUAAGCAUCUUAUGUAUAAAAAAUGGCCCCUGCAUCCUUUAAGUUGUAUGUAUGAAAAGGUUUGGACACCCCCGGUAUAGAGUUUCACUUGUACUGUAAUAUUGAUUAGUUUUCUGCAACUGACCAUUAUAUGGUCCAUAUAUAUGAAAGCUAUUUGUCGAAAAUGUUGGUUGUUGUAUGAGUCAUGUUUUUUUUAACAUCGUGUAUACUGCAUAUAAAAUCAGAAUAAC